UUACAGACUCUGCAGCUCCUCCAGCUUCAGGCGAUCAACAAAAAGAUCAUUUCCUCCCUUUACUCCUUACUACCGAAAAAUGGCGACGUCCCUGGGAGCUAACACAUAUAACAGACAGAACUGGGAAGACUCGGACUUCCCUAUUCUGUGUCAAACAUGUUUGGGUGAGAAUCCUUAUAUUCGAAUGACCAAAGAGAAGUAUGGAAAAGAGUGCAAGAUCUGCGCACGUCCCUUCACUGUGUUCCGCUGGUGUCCGGGGGUCCGAAUGCGUUUCAAGAAGACUGAAGUGUGUCAGACGUGUAGUAAGAUGAAGAAUGUGUGUCAGACCUGCCUGCUGGAUCUGGAAUACGGUUUACCAAUUCAGGUCAGAGACACGGGUUUAUCCGUCAAAGACGAUGUGCCAAAAUCAGACGUCAACAAGGAGUACUACACGCAGAACAUGGAGAGAGAGAUUGCUAAUUCUGAUGGCACACGGCCAGUGGGUGCUCUGGGGAAGGCCCCUAGCUCCAGUGAUAUGCUGUUGAAGUUAGCACGCACCACACCUUACUACAAAAGGAACAGACCACACAUCUGCUCUUUCUGGGUGAAGGGAGAGUGCAGGAGAGGAGAGGAGUGCCCGUACAGACAUGAGAAGCCCACUGAUCCUGAUGACCCUCUGGCUGAUCAGAACAUUAAGGACCGUUACUAUGGAAUUAACGACCCUGUGGCUGAUAAACUAUUGAAGCGAGCCUCCACCAUGCCUAGACUUGACACACCAGAUGAUAAAUCCAUCACCACGCUUUAUAUCGGAGGACUAGGAGACACCAUUACAGAUUCAGAGCUCAGGAACCAUUUCUACCAGUUUGGGGAGAUCCGAACCAUCACAGUAGUGCAGAGGCAGCAGUGUGCUUUCAUCCAGUUUGCCACACGACAGUCUGCAGAAAUGGCUGCAGAGAAAUCCUUCAACAAGCUCAUAAUUCACGGCCGACGCCUCAAUGUCAAAUGGGGCAGGUCCCAGGCAGCACGAGGGCGGGAGAGAGAGAAGGACGGCGUGACGGAGAGUGGAAUGAGGCUGGAGCCUGUGCCAGGCCUCCCAGGAGCCUUGCCUCCACCCCCUGUGUCCGAGGACGAUACCUCAGCCAACUAUUUCAACUUGGGUCCUAACAGUGCUCCUGCGGUCCUUAAUUUGGGAAUUCCUCCUCCACCUGGUGUAGCUAUGCCUCCACCCCCAGGUUUUGGCCCCCCUAUGUUCCACUCCAUGGAUGCUAUUGCCCCACCCAUGCCCCCUCCCAUGGGCAUGAGGCUUCCAGGUCAAGUGCACUACCCUUCCCAGGAUCCUCAGCGCAUGGGUGCUCAUGCCGGACGCCACGGAGGAACCUAGAUGAUCAGAAAGCUACCUCACUGAUGUGUGCAGGAACACAUUCAGGCUCUGCCUUUCUGCCACUGCCCUCAUGUUAUGUCUUUUUCAUCUGUAACCUUUUAAUGGACGGACUUUUGUAGGUUGAUGCAGGGUUCUAGAUGCCUAGCAUCACAAACCUAUACAUUUAGAACUAGCUUCUGUCUGUGUUUUAGUGUUUUUUUUAUCUGGACUUUUUAAAGUUUAGAUUUUGGUCAACCCUUUAUUUGUAACCUUUAUUGUGUUGUCAUUGAAUUUUGAGUGUGUAGAAAGGAUAAGUUUUUAUUUUCUUUCUUUUUUAUAAAGAAUUGUGUCAUGCCUUUUUAGACAGUACUGUUUUUUAAAAAAAUGAACAGAACUGGUUGAAGUGACCAAUAAACACCACAAGAGGACAGUGUUGACCAAUCUAGAAGUCUCUAGGAUUACAUUGUCUGUGAUUUAGGAGCCGCUGCAUGAAUGCAGACCAGCCUAUCAUGUUCUGAAUGCAUUUGUCACGUAAACCCAUAUGGCCAGUGCAAGAUGUGUCAAAUAUUGAGUUUUGUUUCUGAGCUUAUUUUGUCUUUUAAGGUGUUCCGUGUUGAAUUAAAGUAUCUCCUUGAUUUAUGCAAA